AUGGACCCCUCAGACGUUCGAGUUUACACCGUCAACGGCGCGACGGCUGGCUCGUCGUCGUCACUCCCAGAUUGGCUCACACGAAAACGCGCAGCAAAAGGCAAACGAGCCCAGAAGGAACACUACGAAGGCUCAAUCGAAUUGAUUCAAGGAUUCGAAUUCCCUGAAGCCAGCAACCGUAUAAAAGUUACACGAGAUGGGCGGAAUGUUAUCGCCACGGGGACUUACAAGCCUCAAAUGAGAGUCUGGGACCUCGACCAGCUAUCUCUCAAGUUCGAGCGGCAUUCAGACGCUGAGAACGUUGACUUUGUUAUCCUAUCUGAUGACUGGACGAAAAUCAUGCAACUUCAAAACGACAGAACUGUCGAACUACAUACGCAAGGCGGUUUGCACUACAAAACGCGGAUACCGAAGAUGGGGCGUUCACUCGCAUACCACUAUCCAUCAUGCGACGCCAUCGUAGCAGCUACAGGAAACGAAGUCUACCGCCUUAACCUGGAUCAAGGACGUUUUAUGACUCCUCUGGUUCUGACCGACGACGACAACGGGGAGAUUCUCGGAGUGAAUGUGGUCGACAUCAACCCAGCACACCAAUUACUCGCCUUUGGCGUCGAUGGAAAUGGAACAGUGCAGUUCUGGGACCAUCGGUCAAGAACGAGUGUUGGAACGCUUCGGUUGCCCGCGGGUCGCCUCCUCCCUCUAUCGGCCAUCAACUCUGGACAAGCGCUGAGCAUCACCGCCAUUUCCUCGAGACACGACGGUUUGUCCUACGCCAUUGGAACAUCUUCCGGCCACACUCUCCUGUACGAUAUCCGUGCUGCCAAUCCGUUCGCCAUGAAAGAUCAAGGUUACGGGUUGCCCAUCAAGGAUGUGUUCUGGCUGGAGGGUGGAAGCCGCAUGGCAGGGGACGGCCUGGUUCUCAGUGCAGACAAGAAGGUUAUCAAAAUUUGGGAUCGAAAUUCUCCCGCUCAAAACUUUGCUUCGAUUACGCCUGCGAACGAUCUCAACAACAUUCACCACAUUCGAGACAGCGGACUCCUCCUCACGGCCAACGAAGGCAUUCAGAUGUGCACCUACUUCAUACCUCAGCUCGGUCCAGCGCCCCGAUGGGCAAGUUUCCUCGAAAAUAUCACCGAAGAAAUGGAGGACCAAACGACUCGCUCGGUGUACGAGGACUACAAAUUCAUCACCAGGGACGAACUCAAUGCACUCGGUUUGGACAACCUUAUCGGUACGCCUACUCUCAAACCCUACAUGCACGGUUACUUCGUCUCCCUCAAACUCUACGAAACCGCCCGCCUCAUCGCCAAUCCCUUCGCUUACGCCGAGCACCGUGAACGCACGAUCAAGGAGAAGAUGGAGAAAAUGGCCGAGACUCGUAUCCGGAGCAAGAAGGAUCCUGGAGUCAAGGUCAACAAGAUGCUCGCGGAGAAGAUUCUCAGGGACGAAGAACGCGCCAAGAAACGCGAAGAGAAGAAGAAGAAGAAAGCUGCUGCUGCGGAGGCAGAUGCGAUGGCUGUCGACGAGGCGGAGGGGCCGGCACAGGAGAGCUUGCUCAACGAUCCUCGAUUCGCCAAGGUCUUCGAGGAUCCAGACUUUGCUAUCGACGUCAACUCGAGAGAAUAUGCUUUACUCAAUCCUUCGAGUGUGGCUCAAGCGAAGAAUCGCGGGAAGACUGCUGUGGAGGAUGAGGAAGAAGAGAGUGAAAAGUCCUCUUCAGACGGUCUUGGUUCGAGCGAGAGUGAGAGUGAGGACGAGAGUGACAGUGGAGAUAGCAGUGACGAAGGAGAUCUCAGCAACUUUGAUCCCCGUAAACGUCCUGGACAAAAGAAUGCGCGACUCGCCGAAAACAUCCAAAAUAGGCGGCAGCAACGUGUUCCCAAAGUCAGCCUCGUACCCAUGCAGGCACAAUCCAGUGGCUACAAGUGGGAAGACAAGAACGCUACAUUCGGUCAACGCCUUGCUCCUCGUUCUUCGUCGUCCGGUGCCAAGUCUAAAUCCAAGUCCCGCGAAGCAGACCAUGAGGAUGAUGCGAUGGAGAUCUCGUGGGUCCCGUCGGCAUCCUCCAAGGACGACGAUGACGGGGGACAGAGGAAGAAGGCGAAGGAGAAGAAGAGUGCGCCGGGCGUUGAGCAGUUUGGUCUUGGAAUGGAGAAGGGAUAUGUGCCAGACUCUAGUCAAGAAAUGUCUGAGGCGGAGAAACAUGGCAGGACGAAGAGGAGACACGGUGUCCGUAGCGGGAGCAAGAAUACGUUUAGGCGGAUGUAA